AUGUCGGAAGUGAGGAAGUUCACGAAGCGGCUCAGCAAGCCGGGCACGGCCGCCGAGCUGCGGCAGAGCGUCUCGGAGGCGGUGCGCAGCUCCUUCGUCCUGGAAAAAACCAAAGUGGUUGAACCCUUGGACUAUGAGAACGUGAUCCUUCAACGGAAAGUUCAGAUCUACAGUGAUCCCCUCCGGGACCUGCUUAUAUUUCCGAUCGAAGACGUAUCUAUCUCAGUCAUCGGUCGACAGAGAAGGACUGUCCAGUCGACAGUGCCAGAAGACGCUCUAAAGAAAGCUCAGAGUCUCUUCGUCAAAGAGUGCAUUAAAACCUACAGCUCAGACUGGCACGUGGUAAACUACAAGUAUGAGGAAUACUCAGGAGACUUUCGGAUGUUGCCAUGCAAAUCCUUUAGGCCAGACAAGAUUCCAAGCCAUGUGUUUGAAAUUGAUGAAGACUUUGAAAAGGAUGAGGAUUCCUCAUCCCUGUGCUCCCAGAAGGGUGGUGUGAUAAAGCAAGGCUGGCUGCACAAAGCAAAUGUAAAUAGCACAAUCACUGUUACAAUGAAGGUAUUCAAGAGGAGGUAUUUUUACUUGUCACAACUCACAGAUGGCUCCUAUAUUCUUAAUUCCUACAAAGAUGAGAAAAUUUCAAAAGAAUCCAAAGGCUGUAUUUUCUUGGACGCUUGCAAUGACGUUGUUCAGUGUCCUAAGAUGCGCCGUUAUGCGUUUGAACUGAAGACAAUAGACAAGUACAGCCACUAUCUCGCAGCUGAAACGGAGCAGGAGAUGGAAGAAUGGCUGGUAACUCUGAGAAAGAUCAUUCAAAGCAAUACUGAGAGUUUGGUGCAAGAGAAGAAAGAUACUGUGGAAUCUGUGCAAGAUGAUGAAUCAAGCACACAGGGAAAAUCAGAGAACAUCCUGGAGAGCCUGGAGAGAAGCAUGCAUCCGGAGCUGAUGAAGUAUGGAAGAGAAACAGAUCAGCUGAACAAACUGAGCAGAAACGAUGGAAGACAAAACCUCUUUUCUUUCGACCCAGAAGUCCAGAGGCUAGACUUCUCGGGGAUUGAGCCAGACGUGAAGCCAUUUGAGGAGAAGUGCAGCAGGCGCUUCGUGGUGUGCUGCCAGGACUUCUCCCUCAACCUCCUCGCUCAGCUCAGCGACAGGUCGGAAGGAGGACCCACCAACGUUGAGCCCUUUUUCCUAAGCUUGGCAUUAUUUGACCUGAAAAAUAACUGCAAGAUUUCAGCUGACUUCCACGUGGACUUGAACCCUCCAUCUAUCCGUGACAUGCUGCUGGAUAACUCUGCGUCCGGAGCGGAGGGCACCAAGGGACAUUCACCAGGCGAGAGCCUUGUGCACGGGGUCCCUGAGUCUUGCCUGCGCUACAUAAAACGGGGGGUUUUCUCCGUGACUGACCCACAUGUGGAGAUCUUCCUGGUGGCCCGUGUGGAGAAGGUGCUGCAGGGCAGCAUUACGCACUGCGCAGAGCCGUACAUGAAAAACUCGGACCCAGGGAAGACUGCCCAGAAGGUCCAUAAGAUGGCCAAGCAGGUCUGCAGCCGUUUGGGGCAGUACAGGAUGCCCUUCGGCUGGGCUGCCAGACCAGUCUUCAAAGACUCCCAAGGCACUCUUGAUGCUGAAGGAAAAUUCUCGCCUCUGUACAAGCAAGACAGCAGCAAACUCUCGAAUGAAGAUAUGCUGAAGCUGUUAGCAGAGUAUAAGAAACCAGAGAAGACAAAACUACAGGUCAUUCCAGCCCAGUUAAAUAUCAUCAUCAAAGACAUCCCGCUAGACUUCACAAAUUGUGUCACAGCUUCUUAUAUUCCUAUAAAGCCUUUUGAGAAGAGCUGCGAGGACAUUGCAGUUGAAGUGGAGGAGCUUGUCCCAGAAGUUGCAAAAUACUGUUAUCCCUUCACUGUCUACAAAAACCACCUCUAUGUCUACCCCUUGCAUUUGAAGUAUGAGAACCAGAAGGUGUUUGCAAAGGCAAGGAAUAUUGCUGUCUGUGUUGAGUUCAGGGAUUCAGAUGAAGCUGAUGCCAGGCCAUUAAAGUGUAUAUAUGGCAAACCCGGAGGCCAUCUCCUGACCACAAACGCGUAUGCUGCCGUGCUGCAUCACAACCAGAGUCCAGAGUUCUACGAUGAGAUUAAAAUUGAGCUUCCAAUUCACCUCCAUCAAAAGCAUCAUUUGCUUUUCACCUUCUAUCAUGUCAGCUGUGAAAUUAAUACAAAGGCAACAUCGAAAAAACAGGACACCGUUGAAACUCAAGUGGGAUACGCCUGGGUCCCGUUGCUGAAGGAUGGACGGAUUGUUACCCUGGAGCGGCAUUUGCCGGUUUCAUCCAACCUUCCACCUGGCUACCUGGGUCUUGGAGACGCAGAGUCACGAAGGCAGCCCAGCAUGGAUGCGAAGUGGGUGGAUGGAGCAAAGCCACUGUUUAAAAUCAAAAUCCAUUUGGACUCGACCAUUUACACCCAGGACAUGCACUUGCACAAAUUCUUCCAGUACUGCCAGCUGGUUCAGGCGGGAGCUAAGGAAGUCCCAGGAGAGCUUGUUAAAUACCUAAAGUGUUUGCACGCCAUGGAGAUCCAAGUAAUGAUUCAGUUUCUACCUGUAAUUCUUAUGCAACUAUUUAGAGUCCUUACAAAUGUGACCCAGGAAGAUGAAGUAGCUGUCAACUGCACCAUGGUUCUUCUGCACAUCGUGUCCAAGUGCCAUGAAGAAAGUCUAGACCACUACUUGCGCUCCUUCAUAAAGUACGUCUUUCGAGCUGAGAAACCCAGUGUCACGCAGGCGAAGAUGACCCAUGAAAUCCUGGUCCUUUCCAUGGCCACGAUCUUGAAGCAGUCGGCAGAUUUUCUAGCCAUCAAUAAGCUACUCAAGUACUCGUGGUUUUUCUUUGAAGCACUGGCCAAGUCAAUGGCAAUGUACUUACUGGAAGAAAACAAAAUCAAGCUGCCCAGAGGCCAGCGGUUCCCCGACUCCUACCAGCAUGCCCUGCAUUCGUUGCUGCUUGCCAUCAUUCCUCACGUGACCAUUCGCUAUAACGAAAUCCCUGAAGAGUCCAGGAAUGUCAACUUUAGCUUGGCUAACUUCCUGAAGCGUUGUUUGACCUUUAUGGACAGAGGAUUUGUUUUUAACUUGAUAAAUGAUUACAUUUCUGGAUUCAGCCCAAAAGACCCUAAGCUGCUGGUUGAAUACAAGUUUGAAUUUCUUCAAACCAUUUGCAAUCAUGAGCACUACAUUCCUCUGAACUUACCAAUGACCUUUUCCAAACCCAAGCUGCAAAGAGUUCAAGAUGUAAAUCUUGAAUACAGUUUAACUGAUGAGUAUUGCAGGCAUCAUUUCCUGGUGGGGAUGCUUCUCAGAGAAGCCUCUGUUGCCUUGCAGGACAACUAUGAUAUCAGAUAUACAGCCAUCUCAGUCCUAAAAAAUCUCUUGAUAAAGCAUGCCUUCGACAACAGAUACCAGCACAAGAACCAGCAGGCCAAAAUAGCCCAGCUCUACCUGCCGCUGUUCGGGCUGCUCCUGGAGAACCUCCAGCGAGUGGCCAGCCGCGAGGCGCUCUACUCCUGUGCAGCCGCCUCCAGCCCCGCAUCCAGGGAUGAAUUCAUGUGCAGUUUUGCAUCCCCCUCAAAUAGAUCCAGCCUGAUUGCAGACAAAGAUCCAGCCUGCGGAGCAGCACUUCCAAAUGGCCAUGCAAUAAAGCGAGAGGACUCAAAAGGAUCCCUGAACUCAGAGGGGGCAACCGGUUCCCCGGAUCAGAGUGAAAAUAUCCGCAGAAGCUCCACGAGGAGCAGCGUGUCGCACUGCAGCCGGCUGGACCAGUUUGAGAUCCGGAUGCUCCUGAUGUGCUACCUCUACAUUGUGAAGAUGAUCUCUGAAGAUACUCUUUUAGCUUACUGGAACAAAUUCUCCCCCCAAGAGCUGAUCAAUGUCCUUGUGCUUCUGGAAGUGUGUUUAUUUCACUUCAGAUACGUGGGGAAGAGAAAUAUUGCCAGCUCCUGCAUGAGAUCCCCAGGCCCAGGCGCUCCUGGCUGCCCGCACAGGUUGGCAGUGUCCCCCGCAGUCGGUUGCAGGGUGCACGACGCCUGGUUAUCCAAGCACACGGGAGCCGAUAGGAAAUCCCAGACGAUGCCAGCGCUCCGCAGCAGAGCUGGAGGGAUGCAGGUGCGGCUCCAGCAUCUGGGCAGCUUGGAGACCUCCUUCACACUCAACCACAAUGCAGGCACCUCAGAAGCAGAUAUUGUGCACCAGGCGUUACUGGAGGGCAAUAUUGCCACCGAAGUGUGCCUGACAGUCCUGGACACCAUCUCUUUUUUCACUCAGAGUUUCAAGACCCAGCUUUUAAGCAACGAUGGCCACAAUCCACUCAUGAAGAAGGUUUUUGAUAUUCAUCUGGCUUUUCUCAAAAACGGGCAGUCAGAAGCAGCUCUUAAGCAUGUGUUCGCAUCUCUGAGAGCUUUCAUUAGCAAGUUUCCCUCAGCAUUUUUCAAGGGAAGGGUGAACAUGUGCGCUGCCCUCUGCUACGAGAUCCUGAAGUGUUGCACUUCCAAGGUGUCCUCCACGAGGAACGAAGCCUCGGCUCUUCUGUAUCUCCUGAUGAGAAAUAACUUUGAGUUCACCAAAAGGAGAACAUUUCUGAGAACGCAUCUUCAGAUAAUAAUUGCAGUAAGCCAAUUAAUAGCAGAUGUGGCACUCAGCGGUGGGACAAGAUUUCAGGACUCCUUGCUCAUCAUUAACAACUUUGCAAACAGUGACAGGCCUAUGAAGGCAACUGCUUUUCCUUCCGAAGUCAAAGAUUUGACAAAGAGAAUCCGUACAGUGCUUAUGGCUACUGCUCAAAUGAAAGAACAUGAAAAGGAUCCAGAAAUGUUGAUAGAUCUACAGUACAGUUUAGCCAAAUCCUAUGCAAGUACCCCAGAGCUCCGGAAAACGUGGCUGGACAGUAUGGCAAAGAUACAUGUGAAAAAUGGAGACUUUUCAGAGGCAGCCAUGUGUUACGUUCAUGUAGCAGCCCUCGUGGCAGAGUUUCUGCACAGGAAAAAACUCUUCCCCAGUGGAUGCGCUGCCUUCAGGAAAAUCACUCCCAACAUUGAUGAAGAAGGUGCAAUGAAAGAAGAUGGUGGGAUGAUGGAUGUACAUUACAGUGAGGAAGUCCUGGUGGAGCUGCUGGAGCAAUGUGUAGAUGGCCUGUGGAAAGCAGAGCGUUAUGAAACAAUUUCUGAAGUUUCCAAACUGAUCAUUCCUAUUUAUGAAAAGCGGCGUGAAUUUGAGAAACUUACUCAGCUGUACAGAACGCUUCAUGGAGCAUAUGCUAAGAUAUUGGAAGUAAUGCACACAAGGAAGAGGCUUCUUGGAACCUUUUUCAGAGUGGCCUUUUACGGACAAACAUUCUUUGAAGAAGAAGAUGGGAAGGAAUACAUCUAUAAGGAACCCAAGCUGACAGGCCUCUCGGAGAUCUCCUUCAGACUUCUUAAACUUUAUGGAGAAAAAUUUGGGUCGGAGACUGUAAAGAUUAUCCAGGAUUCUAACAAGGUCAACGUUAAAGACCUUGAUCCUAAGUAUGCCCAUAUUCAAGUGACUUACGUGAAGCCCUAUUUUGAAGACAAAGAAAUCUCUGAAAGAAAGACUGAAUUUGAAAGAAAUCAUAACAUCAAUAGAUUUGUAUUUGAAACUCCUUACACUUUAUCUGGAAAAAAGCACGGCAGUGUGGAAGAACAGUGUAAAAAAAGGACCAUUCUAACUACUUUGAACUCCUUUCCAUACGUAAAGAAGAGAAUUCCAGUCAAUUAUGAACAUCAGGUUAACUUAAAACCAAUUGAUGUCGCUACUGAUGAAAUAAAAGACAAGACAGCAGAGCUGCAGAAACUCUGCUCUGCUGGUGAUGUUGACAUGAUCCAGCUGCAACUCAAAUUGCAAGGCUGUGUUUCUGUGCAGGUUAAUGCUGGUCCCUUGGCCUAUGCCAGAGCUUUCCUAAGUGACAGCCAGUCCAACAAAUAUCCUACUAAGAAGGUGAAUGAGUUAAAAGAAAUGUUCAGGAAGUUUAUACAAGCCUGUGGAAUUGCUCUGGAGCUCAACGAGCAACUCAUUAAGGAGGAUCAAGUGGAGUACCAUGAGGGGCUAAAAUCAAACUUUCGGGAUAUGGUGAAAGAGCUUUCUGACAUCAUCCACGAACAGAUCUACCAUGAAGAUACAAUGCAUUCGCCAUGGAUGCAUGACUCCCUACAUGUCUUCUGUGCAAUCAGCGGAACAUCUGGUGAUGGAAAUUACUGUUCACUCAGACCCACUGCUGAAAUAUAAACAUAUCAGUCAUAUUUUACAGAGCUUUCUCAGGAAUACUUGGAACUGUACAAAGGAUGUUUAAAAAAAUCCGUGAUGAGCAAAGAUUAAUUUUUUUUUUUCCUCAAAAGUUGCCAUGCUUUCAAACAGGGUGCUUGCUUAUUUUGCUGAGCAACAUUGAAAGUGCCUGGACAUUGCACCACUGUGCUUGUUUUCUACUUUUUUUUUAAGCUAAAUGUAUAACAGGACAUGGAAAGGCAGUCAUCUAAGUAUGUAUUGAAUUGCUGAAAUUGAAAUGAUAACGAUACUAUGUAAAGUUGUACAAUGGAAUAUAAUAAAAUGUAAAACUACUUUGUAUAUAGAAGGAGCAUAGAGUAUAUAGAAAUUAGUAUUAUAUCAUAUUUGCUGCUAAGAGCUUUGUUGGACAGGGAACAUGAAGGAGAAAUUGUAGUUACUAGUAAGAGACCUUCCUCUUCUAAACAGUGACUUGGGGUCCAAGUGCCCCUAUUACACUCAGACAAUGAGAGUAAACUUGCCCAAGUCUGGAAUAACUAAAACCUAAGUCAGAAAUUAUAAUUUUCAUACAUCCUCUAAGCAGAUAAUUCUGAAGUAACCUCCAUGAGACCUGAGCUUACUAUAGCUGUUUUCAAUUUUGGCUAACCUUUCACGGCUGCAGGAGGAUGGAUUGUACUCACUGAGGACAACCUAAGAGAUUUGUCAUUUGAUACGAGUUUUUCUAUUUACUACUCAUGGUCUCACACAAAUAUAAACUCUGAGGACACCUUAAAUUGAGUUGGGAAUUAUGAAGUGCUUUAACACCUUUCAGAAAAAUUCUAAUAAUCUGUGAGAUGUGCUUUAAAAAAAAAAAUACUGCACAUUAAAAUAACUCAUACAAAAUUGAGGGUUUUUUUUAACAUCAUAUGACAUGCAUGUUCCCCCCUGUUAAACAGAUCUCUUUUCUGAAAGCCCGUUGUUUUUGUCUGACAGGUGGUUGGAGAAAAUUUAUUUUUCCGAAUUCUUUUCUUCUUUCUUCCCCUCCCCAAAGCUUUAAUACAUUAUCUCUGUCUCUUUUUAAUAAGCCACUUUCAGAUGCAGGAAGAAGAAAACAGAUCAGUAAUUCUUUUAUCCAGCAACAUUUUCAAUAUCCGUGUUUUUCAAAACCCCAUCAAUUGUAAAUAUGGUUCCAGUAGUUCAUAUGGGAAGGGUGGGAGUUUUUAAGGAUAUGUAACAAAAUGCCAUAAUAAAAGGACUCCAGCUUGGUAUUUAGCUUGGCUAUAAUGUCUAUAAAAUGUUAAGCUUCUAAUUUCUGUAACAAAAAUUAUCUUCAAAUAGUAACUGGACCACAUUUCAAAAUAUUUAUUAUGCAUGAUUCUAAAUACCUAAAAUUAAUUGUCUUCUGAGAAAAUAAUGUUGUGAUCCGUAAAUUCACCCAUUAGCUGUUGCAAGCAAAAUACAGAUGUGCCUAUGCAACAA